AUGUUCUACUCCGAGACUCUCCUGUCCAAAACGGGGCCGCUUGCCCGCGUUUGGCUGUCGGCGAACAUUGAGCGCAAACUCUCCAAGUCACACAUUCUUCAGUCCGAUAUUGAAAGCAGUGUCAAUGCUAUCGUUGACCAGGGUCAAGCUCCUAUGGCCUUGCGAUUGAGUGGUCAAUUGCUUUUGGGUGUUGUCCGAAUUUACAGCCGCAAGGCUCGUUACCUACUUGAUGACUGCAAUGAAGCUCUUAUGAAGAUUAAGAUGGCUUUCCGUCUGACAAAUAACAAUGACCUGACUUCUACUGUCGUUGCCCCUGGUGGCAUCACUCUUCCCGAUGUGCUUACUGAAUCUGACCUUUUCACCAAUCUCGAUACUUCUCUGCUGUUCCCUCAAACUCUCGACCUGGAGCCUGCUGCCAAGCGACCCGGUGGAAUGGAUUUUGGAAGCCAACUUUUGCCCGACAGCAGCUUCCGCCGCUCUGUCUCUCAGGAACCCGCCCGCCUUGAAGAUCCUUCCCUGGUCGACCUCGACUUUGGUGAGGACGAAUUGCCUCUUGGAAACGACCCGACCAUGGAAGUGGGUCGAGACGCCCCCGCGCCUCGUCCCGUGGAGGAAGAUCUCUUCAGUGAUGCCGGUAAAUUCAACGACGGCGAUGAUUUGGAAUUGGACCUCGGCGAUGACGAUGCUCCCCUGGACAAAAUGGACCUCGACGACGGUCACGACAAUAUGAACGAUAUCCUCCCCGAUGCCCCCAUGGACUUCGGCAAUGACGACUUUGGCGCCGGCGACGAGACUCCUCGCCCCAUUGACACCCGAUUCCAACGCGACUCCGAAAGCCCCCUCUCUGACGCUGGGUCCGAUCAAAUGAACCGCCUGGAACAGGAGUUCAACCGCGAUGAAAAUGCGACCCCGGAUGCUACCAGCGCCCAGCAGGGCCAGCGCACCAAGCGUCAGAAACUCUUGGCUCUCGACAAGGAAGUCGCAAUCUCCAGCUCCAAAUUCAAGGACCAGCAAAACGAUCGCUCCGCUAUUAUGAAGCCUGCUUCCUUCUUGCCCCGUGACCCAGUUCUCUUGACACUCAUGACCCGCCAGCAAAACGGCGACUUCGUGUCGAGCGUGUUCGGUGAGGACCGUGGACGCGGUUGGGCACCUGAGCUCCGUGGCAUGCUCUCUUUGGACUCUGUGAAGAAGGCUGGUGAACUGAAGCGCAAGCGUGACAGUGGAAUUUCUGACAUUGAUGUCGCUGCCGUUGAUGUCCCCGCUCUUGAGCUUGGCGACGAGGAGCCUAUGGUUUCCCUCGACGAGGGUAUUGCUGUUGACACCACUAUGAACCAGCGCUCUGAGAUUGAUUUCCCUGCCGAUGAUGGCGAGCAAUUGCACCUCAGUGAUGACGCUGGUAUGGGGCAAGGUUUGGAGGAAAUGGAGGAUACUAUCGCCCACCCUGUGGACACCGAGCCGGUCUCGAUGGGCACCAAGCACGCUGUGCACAUCCUCCGUGAGAAGCUGGGUGAUUCCUCCACCCAGCAGAAGAAGAGUGUGCUGUUCCAGGACAUGCUUCCCGAGCAGCGCUCAUCCAAGGCCGAUGCCACCAAGAUGUUCUUUGAAGUCUUGGUCCUGGCCACCAAGGAUGCCGUAAAGGUUGACCAGGGCACCAAGUCUAUCGGUGGCCCCCUGGAGAUCCAUGGCAAGCAGGCACUCUGGGGCUCUUGGGCUGAGGAGAACGCUGGUGGUGCCAUGAGCUAG